CCCACACCAGACUCAUCGGCCUCGGACACGUGCAGCGGCCUGACCUGCACAUACAGACAGACAGACAGACAGACGAGAAGAAGGAGACAUGAACAGAUACUUGGAUGGCCUGUCCGUACGCUUGUCUGUCUGUCUGUGCAAUGGAGUGCUGCGUGUGUGUGUGUGUGUGUGUGGCGGACCUGGUCCACCAGUCGACGGCUCUGGACGCGCCCUCACCCAACAGCUCGCUGAAGAAGCGCAUCUGGUGCAGCGUGAUUCCGGCUGCACACAGGGACACACACAGAGGACACACACAGACACUCAUAGGUGGGGCCGGGAAGGAACGACAGCAAAGGCAAUGGCGAGACAUGAGUGCAGGACGCCCCCCUCUCUCACUCACCCACCCAGUCACUUACGUGCUGCCGACGGGGGAGGGGGCACGGCGGUGGCGGGGCCGGGCGUGUCGUCAUCGUCACUGUUGUCAUGGUUCUCGCCGCUCUCCUCACUGCUGUCCUCUGCUGAUGCAUGGGAGGCAGACCGUCAAGGGGCCGGUGGGUGCGUGGCUGUGGUGUGGCCUGCCCUGCCUUUCUGUAUGUCUGUAUCUGCGUAUGUGUGCUGUACCAGCUUCCACAGGGUCGAAAUCGAUGUCGUACCCGAAUCGCUGCGCCUGAUUGAUCAACAAGCACACCACACAGGGUGGUCACAGAUACCAAGAUGGAUGGGUGGGGGGCAGGGGAGGGGAGGGGGGGGAGGGGCUGGGUGUGUCACUUACACGAAUCACAAUCUCUCGCACGAAUAUGCCCACGGGAUCCUCCAGUCCGAUACCCUGAUGGAUGGAUGAUCGAAUUGGGUCUCUGUGUGUGUACUCGUGUGUGUGUCCGUGAGUUACGCCUGGGUUGAGGCCGAUCAAACGGGUAUUGCUGACACCCCUCUUGUCCUCAAAAGCUACUUCAACCCAGUUCCUAAAGACACACACACACAUGCAUUGAGAACACCCUUGUGAUUUGAUGUGUUGACAGUGUUGUUCCCCAGGUGGCAUGUCUGCUUACCCGCGCGCUCCGUGGUGUGUGUCUUUUUGUUGUGCUUUGAGUUGGGGUACGUGACUUUCUUCACACGCUCAAUCUCCACCAGCUCGCUACCCGCCCCCUCCUUGGCCGCACCCUCAACCCCCACGCCCCCAGCACCCUCAGCAGUGCUGCUGCUGUAGCUACCGUAGCCCCACACCUGCUGAUACUCGUCUGUACUGACGUCAGCAGGGCCACUGGCGCCCACGCACUCAAACUCAGCCUGAAUGGUCCACGGGCACUUGUAUCCAUUUGUAUCUGGAUGCAUUGCUGUUGAGGCCCACCUCCUCCUGCUGCGUUGUGAUGCAGAUCUUGGGGGACAGCGACGCCAUGUCGACCUGAUCGACAUCGACAUGUAAAAAAUGCACACAGACACAUGAGUAGGCGUGUGUGGUUGUAUUGUAUUUGUGUAUGUUGGGGGGUGGGGGUCACGUUCAGUUGGAGCGCAUUCUGCUGGUAGUCAACGGCGCCCUCUUGCGGGUCUCCGCCGGUACUCAGCUGGCGGUCCGCCAUCACCACACCGAGACCACCGAGACCCACACCGAUGUCACCGCCCCCCGUGGGAUCCUCAGACCUGACGCACACGCGCACACACACACACACACACACAGAGAGAGAGAGAGAGAGGCAUGCCAUUCUCAUAUACAGACAGAUAUCUGUGUGGGUGGGUGUAGGAUGCACUGCAUCGCAUACUGUGUUGCGCUGGAGCCCCCAGCUGGAGUGCUGGCAGAUACGUUGAAGGCCUUGGACACUUCCCUCUCGCCCUUCUGCCGAUCGACAGUGGUGACAUUGACGAGUGUGCUUACGAUUAAACUUCACGUGACGCCACUUACGGUCAUAAUGACCUCUUGUCACGGUGUGGGCAGGGGGCCAUGCCGUCCUCGUGCUGCUGCUGCUGCUCCUCGUGA